UCAAGAAGAGAAUUCUCAGAACAGGCUGAAAUGAAUUUCUAAAGGUUAGAUGACUAAUAGUUGUACACAACUAGUACCAGAUUUGUGGCUCUUGGUGUUUGUUCUGGUAGGUAAGGAGGAGUAGAUUUAGAGAUGGACAGUGUGCUAGACUCUUCACAUUCACUGUGUCACUGAGCCACUUAUUGAGAGCCAAAUAGCCAUCCUGUAGGAAAGCUGUUGGAGAGAGCUUGACUUGGUGUGAGUAUGCAGGAGAAGUGAGAGGAGCAGGUGGAGGCUAGAUGUCCUUGAAGGUGGAAAGACAAUGACUUCUGGUUCCUGAAGGCUAACACAGCGUUUGGCACAAAGGAGAAAAUAAUCACUCCAUUCAGGAGGCUAAUGCUGUGUGCUGAGAACAGAAAAGAGAUGGAAGACUGGAUCAGCUCACUGAAGUCUGUACAGACCAGAGAACCUUACGAGGUGGCCCAGUUUAACAUGGAACAUUUCUCAGGGAUGCACAACUGGUACGCUUGCUCUCACGCCCGCCCCACCUUCUGUAAUGUGUGCCGAGAGAGUCUUUCCGGAGUCACUUCCCAUGGCCUGUCCUGUGAAGUGUGUAAAUUCAAGGCUCACAAAAGAUGUGCUGUGCGGGCAACAAAUAACUGCAAGUGGACAACCCUGGCCUCCAUCGGGAAGGACAUCAUGGAGGAUGAAGAUGGAGUGGCGAUGCCUCACCAAUGGCUGGAGGGCAACUUGCCUGUGAGCGCCAAGUGUGCUGUCUGUGACAAAACGUGUGGCAGUGUUCUUCGUCUGCAAGAUUGGAAAUGCCUUUGGUGUAAAACAAUGGUACACACUGCCUGCAAAGAUUUAUACCACCCCGUAUGUCCACUUGGCCAAUGUAAAGUAUCUAUUAUACCUCCAAUUGCACUGAACAGCACUGACUCUGACGGUUUCUGUAGAGCAACAUUUUCAUUCUGUGUUAGUCCUCUAUUGGUUUUUGUCAAUUCUAAGAGUGGAGAUAAUCAGGGAGUAAAGUUCCUUCGUCGUUUUAAACAGCUGCUAAAUCCUGCCCAGGUGUUUGAUUUAAUGAAUGGAGGUCCUCAUUUAGGUUUAAGAUUAUUUCAGAAGUUUGACAAUUUCCGGAUUCUUGUCUGUGGAGGUGAUGGAAGUGUAGGUUGGGUAUUGUCAGAAAUUGAUAAGCUCAAUCUGAAUAAACAGUGUCAGCUGGGAGUGUUGCCCUUGGGCACAGGGAACGACCUUGCUCGAGUUCUUGGUUGGGGAGGUUCAUAUGAUGAUGACACCCAGCUUCCUCAGAUACUAGAGAAGCUGGAACGAGCCAGUACUAAAAUGUUGGACAGGUGGAGUAUAAUGACAUAUGAACUCAAAUUGCCACCGAAAACUUCUCUACUUCCUGAACCUCCAGAAGCACCUGAAGAAUUCUAUAUGACAAUUUAUGAAGACUCAGUUACAACUCAUCUUUCAAAAAUCCUCAAUUCUGAUGAACACGCAGUGGUCAGAUCGUCUGCCAAGACACUGUGUGAAACCAUAAAGGACUUCGUUGCCAAGGCAGAGAAGGCCUAUGACAAAACAUUGGAAAAUGCAGUUGUAGCAGAAGCUGUGGCUACCAAAUGUUCAGUCUUAAAUGAGAAGCUUGAACAACUGCUGCAAGCUUUGCACACAGAUUUCCAGGCUGCUCCCCCUCUCCCAGGCAAUGUGGCUGUAAUCCUAGAAGAAGAUGUGGAAUCUUCAAGUGAAGAAUCCCUAGGUGAAAGCAAGGACCAGCUUGCAGAAGACAUUACAAAAUCUUCUUCCCAGAAAGCCAUCAAACCAAGAGAAAUAAUGUUACGGGCAAACAGUUUAAAGAAAGCAGUGAGGCAAGUCAUUGAAGAAGCUGGAAAAGCUAUGGAUGAGCAGACAGUAAUUUGUACUGAUUACGAUAGUACAGAAACAGAUGAAUCUAAAGAAGAAUCUAAAGAAGAUUCAAGAGAAUCACUAACUGUUAAAGCUGCACCUCAUUCUCCAGAUGCUUGGGCAAGUCGUGGCCAUUCCCAAACUGAUUCUCUCCCUGGUCCAGCUGUGACAGCCACCAAAGAAAAUCUCCCUGUACUCAAUACUAGAAUAAUUUGCCCAGGUUUAAGAGCAGGAUUAGCUGCCUCGAUUGCUGGGAGUUCUAUUAUCAACAAAAUGUUACUAGCAAAUAUUGAUCCUUUUGGUGCAACUCCGUUUAUUGACCCAGACCUAGAUUCAUUAGAUGGAUAUUCAGAAAAAUGCGUUAUGAACAAUUACUUUGGGAUUGGAUUAGAUGCAAAAAUUUCAUUAGAAUUUAAUAAUAAGAGAGAAGAGCACCCUGAAAAAUGCAGGAGCCGAACUAAAAACUUGAUGUGGUAUGGAGUCCUUGGGACCCGGGAAUUAUUACAGAGAUCUUAUAAGAAUUUAGAACAAAGGGUUCAACUUGAGUGUGAUGGGCAGUAUAUUCCUCUCCCUAGUCUUCAAGGCAUAGCGGUGUUGAACAUUCCUAGUUAUGCUGGAGGCACUAACUUCUGGGGUGGAACCAAAGAAGAUGAUAUAUUUGCUGCACCAUCAUUUGAUGACAAGAUCCUGGAAGUUGUUGCAAUAUUUGAUAGCAUGCAAAUGGCAGUGUCAAGGGUCAUCAAACUCCAGCAUCAUCGCAUAGCCCAGUGUCGUACAGUAAAAAUCACUAUAUUUGGUGAUGAAGGAGUCCCAGUGCAGGUGGAUGGUGAAGCAUGGGUUCAGCCUCCAGGAAUUAUCAAAAUUGUGCACAAAAACAGAGCUCAGAUGCUAACAAGGGACAGAGCCUUUGAGAGCACCCUGAAGUCUUGGGAAGAUAAACAGAAGUGUGACUCUGGCAAGCAAGUUCUUCGAACCCAUUUGUACAUCCAACAUGCUGUUGACCUGGCAACGGAAGAGGUGUCGCAGAUACAACUGUGCUCCCAGGCUGCAGAGGAGCUAAUUACCAGGAUUUGUGAGGCAGCCACAAUUCAUUGUCUUCUGGAGCAAGAACUGGCCCAUGCUGUGAAUGCGUGCUCGCAUGCACUGAAUAAAGCCAACCCACGGUGCCCGGAGAGUCUUACAAGAGACACUGCUACUGAAAUAGCCAUCAAUGUGAAGGCGCUAUAUAAUGAAACAGAAUCUUUGCUAGUUGGCAGGGUUCCUUUGCAGUUAGAAUCUCCAUAUGAAGAGCGUGUAUCCAGUGCCUUACACUCUGUGGAGGUGGAGUUACAGAAAUUAACAGAGAUCCCCUGGCUUUACUAUAUCUUACAUCCCAAUGAGAAUGAGGAGCCUCCUAUGGAUUGCACAAAAAGAAACAAUAGGAGCACAGUAUUUCGUAUAGUGCCAAAGUUUAAAAAGGAAAAGGUUCAGAAGCAGAAGACAAGUUCACAGCCUGUUCAGAAAUGGGGCACAGAGGAAGUUGCUGCUUGGCUGGAUCUGCUCAAUUUGGGAGAGUACAAAGAAAUCUUCAUCCGUCAUGACAUCAGAGGGGCUGAACUUUUGCAUCUGGAAAGGCGAGAUCUUAAGGACCUGGGGAUACCGAAAGUGGGCCAUGUGAAGCGAAUUCUCCAGGGAAUUAAAGAGCUUGGAAGGAGCACUCCGCAGUCUGAGGUGUAAUCAUUAUCGGUGCUAUUCCUUGGAAGAGAAGUAAUUGAUACUUAAUACAAAAUUCUUGGAAGCAGUGGCUGUUCUUGUUGUUUUCUGCAUAGAUAAGUAAGCACCUUUGAAGCACCUCUAUGGCUUAAUAUUUUUCUUUGGGUGAAAAUUUUGAUUUGAGGUAUAAGAAAAUAUUUUUGUGCCAAAAAUACAUUCCAUUAAGCCAUUUUCUUAUUGUGCAAACCUAACAUGUUUAAAUAUGCUCACAAUAGUUUUUAAAAAUAGGAAUAUGAAAUGAUUGCCUUGUCUAAAAGGUGGAAUGGAUGUUUCCUUUGACCUGGUCUUACAGAAUGUUCUUUCUGUGCAGCCAUGUAGCAGUAUGUGGAUAAAACUUCUUAGGUUUCAUUAUUGGAGGCAUAGACUACUUCCUCAAAAUCAUUGGUUAGGAGACAAGAUAUAAAGUUGUAUUUUCAAUGUUAGAUUGGUAUCACCUCAGGUUCCCAGCACUCACUGGUCAAAGAAUGUGGUUAAACCCAUCAAAUAGUAUAAAUAAUGCAAAUCUUAAUGCAUGGUGUUCCUGCCUGAAUUGUCUUUCCUUUUCUUGCAUGUCAUAUAUAAUAUUGUAAUACUUUAUAGUUUAAUGUCAAUUUUAAUGGAAUUUAUUUAUUACUUCCCAAGUACCUUUUUGUGGGCUAAGGGCACUACACUUUUUGGUUCUUUAAUGUGGAUUUUUGCAGAUACAUAUACCUAAGAUGCAGUGAUCAUGUGUCUGUGAUAUAAGCAACAACUUGUAUGCAUCGUAUGUAAGCCAGCUUUAUUUCAGUCUGUCAUAAACUGUGGCUGUGCACAUUGAGAAAAUUCUCUGGAUAUUUCAUAAAUUUUCAUGCUUUUUUCCUAACAAAAUGUAUUAGUUUUCCAAACCACAUUUCCCACAUUUUGACCCUCUUUUUUUCAUUUCAAUUUAGUAAUUAUACUCUGUUUGAAUUUAAAACAGACCAUUGCCACCUAGGAAUUCUCCAAGAUCUCAGCUGAGAUUUGUAUACUGAUUGAUCACCCAGACUCACCCACUAGCUACAGUGACUUCUGACACAAAAAUCCAACAGAAGAAAUUUAAUUUUUUUUCCUAAGGGCUUUAUAUUAUUAUUUCAUGUAAUUCUUAUAUUCUGCCAGGUAUUUUCCUUUCUCUAAUCCACUAUGUCAGUAUUAUUGAUUAGAAGUCAGCAUAACAAUGAUCAAAUCUUUGAAAACCAAAGGCAUUGUAUCAGAAAUUCACAGAAAUAUCCUUAAGGAAAUUUUCUUUAGCCAUUGUAUUGAAGAAAUUAAUUUUUUAAAUGUUCUUUGUAAGAGAAAUAAACAGGGUAUUGACCUAGUGGUGACGGUUUUCUGUAACCUGAUAGGUGCUCCAUAGAUACAAAUACACACAUACAUGUGUUUAUACACCUAUAUCCACAUAUACAAUAUUUAUAUGUAUUUACACACUUGUGUACACAUGAUAUUGAGACAUAACAUCACUGAUAUGUCCUAGGAAAUUAUUUUACCCAAUAUUUAAAGAGAAAUAUUGCUAGACAUAUAAGUAUCAAAAGAAUUUAGCUACUUGACUGUUAAUUCUAGUUUAUAACUUGACUAAUUACCAGUAAAAUCACAAAUUUUAAAUAUCCUAAAAAUAGUGAAGGCUAGGAAUGUAGCUCAGUGGUACAGCACUUGACUAGCAUGCGUGAGACCCUAGGUUCUUUCUUCAGCACCACAAAACAAACAAAAGAAGCCUACUUAUUGGGUUCUUGACCAAGUACAUCUGACUAUAUAUUUUACCUAAGUUCCAGACAAAUGGAAAUUUUCUAAAGAGAAUUUAUAAUAAGUAGUUUAAAAGAAUAAUAACUUGAAUUUUGUCCACCACUAUUAAGGCAAAAAGUCUCCUUUUCCAGUCUCAUUUGUAGACCCCACCCAACAUAUUGUCCUGCUCCAGUUACUUUGCUGUGAAAUCUAAAUACCAGGUGCCAGAUUUCCAGAACUCUUCUAAGAUCUCAGAUCCCUAUCCAGCUUUUAGGAAAGGCAAGGGGUAAGUAGGGAAGGAACUAUAAUAUAAAGAAUGUGCUGGGAGUAGUGGCGCAUGCCUGGAAUCCCAGCACUCGGGAGGCUGAGGCAGGAGGAUCACUGUGAGUUUG